GAGCGUAAUGAACGAGGCGACAGUUAAAUGUUCAAGUAUUAAACACUAUCCAAAGAAGAUGCUUCAUGCAAGGAAAAAACUGUUGGGUGAUAAUAGCGGAGCCCUUCAGAGCAUAUUUGAGAAUACCGAGGAGGAGAAGAUGAUGAACGCCGUGGUCGUCCUCGACGAGUUUGGAAAAGAGCUCGCCGCAAUCUGUCUUGUCAAAUACCAUCUAUAUUCACAGUAGAAUGUGUCAGUCGGACAGCUGGAAUAAUGGGAACUAGAACAUGUUCACUGUUGAGUCCAGAUCCAGAUGCAAAUUACAAUUCCCUUGCUAGCGAAGUCAAAAUACAAACAAUGUUUUCUAGCUCCCAGUGUAUUUGAUUCAAAGCACAGAUUUGAAACGUUAUUUACUCGGCUCCUGUCAAAAAUAUCUUCACAUUUCUUUUUUUAAGUUCCGUCAGUAUGACAUUCCAGACCGGUAUAACUCUAUUUGUAAAGAAGUUUUUUCGCUGGUCUGUAUUCGAUCGAUUCGAUAAAAGAUUGCCUUUAUAAGCAGUAUUCCUUGUUAAUCGGGUGAUAUUGUACCAUGUAGCGGGGUCAACCCUGUCAAUUCAUUUAAGGAUUUUUAAAGUCUGAAUUAAAUUGAUCUGGAUUGUCUAUCUUCAUAGGUUUGUCUCACUAGUCCCACCACUAGGUUGACUGCUCAUUUUUGAACACAUACAAGACGUCGAUAUCACCAGUUAACCAGGGUGACCAGGAGUGGACAGCAAAUUUAAGAUGGCAUCUGACUAACUGUUAGUGUAUAAUUGAAUAACAAUCUUUUUAUCCCUAUAUAGAGCUUAAAGAGUCACAUUUGAUACCCUUUUAUGAUCACCUGUUAUGUUUUAUUUUUUAUAUAAAUUUUAUUUUUUUAAAUUUCAGACGCAAUGACGGCGUUUCUGCCCCCGAACCUACUAGCUCUGUUUGCCCCAAGGGACCCUAUACCCUACCUACCACCUGCAGAGAAACUACCAUACGAGAAGAAAGUCACGCAUAACUAUACAGGUAUUGCACAAUAUGUUCAUCUUUUCGAGGAUCCUGUGGAUACUCCAGCAGCAGUAGAGGUUGAGACUCGGGAGGAAAAGAAAGAGAGAAGGAAGAAAGAGAAAACUGAGCAGGUUGCCUACAAACUAGAACAGGAAAUUGCCUUGUGGGAUCCUAAUUCUGGAAAAGAUACGACCGAAGAUCCAUUUAAAACUCUGUUUAUAGCCCGAGUUAACUAUUAUACUAGUGAGAGUAAAAUGAGGCGAGAAUUCGAGACCUAUGGUACGAUUAAAUCUAUACGUAUCGUUCAAAAUGUCAAGGAUGGAAAACCAAGAGGGUAUGCUUUUAUAGAGUACGAGAGCGAGAGAGAUAUGCACUCUGCGUAUAAACACGCUGACGGGAAGAAGAUUGACGGCCGACGAGUCCUGGUCGAUGUUGAACGAGGAAGGACUGUUAAGGGCUGGUUGCCACGUCGACUAGGUGGUGGUCUAGGAGGAACUAGAAAAGGUGGAUCGGAUGUAAACGUCCGUCAUUCCGGUCGUGACGAUGGGCGCCGUGAACGCGGUGACGCCAGUCGCCGGCGCUCAAAAUCAAGAUCACGGGAUCGUAAAGUGAAACGAUCUCGAUCUCGGGACCGUAAAAAGCGGUCCCGAUCCCGUGAUCGUAAGCGCUCCCGCUCCCGUGACAAGAAGAGGAGUAAGCGCUCUAGAUCUCGCUCUCGUGAGCGUAGGCGCCGUGAGCGGGAGAACGGUGGGGGUGAUGAGGUGAACGUGAAGGAGGAACCGGAGGAUACAGGAUACGAUCAACAGAUCGGCAACGUUAACUUCUCGGAGGUGAACGUGAAGCAGGAGAAGGAGGAUACGGAGAAGGUGUCGCAAGGAUGAAUUCAAGGUUCAAGGAAUUGUAUUGUGACAGUGUUGGGACUCCCUGAGGUUUAUCGAGAUAAAAAGUAAACUGAUUUGGAAAUAUAAAUGUUUUUUUAUUUUUCGUUAAUUUAAACCUUUCAAAACUAUAAAAUAUUCAUAGAUUUUGUUGUUUGAACUUUAAAAAUGUUUACCAACUUCGCAUCAAGAUUAAAAUUGUAUUCAAUAUUUCGUUUAUCAUUUUCGACCAUCCACUCCUGGUUAAAAUAUUAGAAUUCUUGGAUUUCCUUCUUAUCUUACUGUAUCUUUUUGUGUUGAUUCAUUUAUAAUAAACCGUUAACAGUUUAAAUCUGUUUUAAAUACAACUUUUGUAUUUAUUGUCUUAUUUAAUGUACUUCUUGUGUGUAAUCCCUGGCUUGACAGCAUAAACUAUUUAAAACUUUUAAUUUGUGUAGAAUGUAGCUAGAUGUGCAUAGUUCUGACGGUAUAUCAAAUGCAUCAUCCCCUUAUAAUGAUAAAUAUCUAUCCCGCCCAUUCUCUAUUUUAACUUUUAAUUGUGCCUAGCUAUCUAUGAGCAUCUUCUCUUUCUAUGCAUUAAAAAACAAUAUCAAAAAAUAAAUUCGCGGAGUUCAAGAUUUUAUUACGCAAUUAAAUAAAGUAAUUUUGGACACACA